AUGAAGCGCCCGACCAACGCCGAUUACAUGUGGACUGUUUACACCAAGCAGUUCGAGAAGGAAGCCUGGGGGGUGACGUUAUCGGUAACCGUGGUUCUCAUGGUACUUGUUUUCCUGGUCCUGCGUCUCUCUCGUCGGGAGGAGAGCGUCUCGCCGUCCAUCUCUGCGUUUACGGUCCUGGGGAUUUUGUUUGGUCAGGGCUCGAUCCUCGAAUUCCGCUCGCUUGCAGGAAGAAUAUUAAUGGUCAGCGUCCUCUUCUUGCAAGUUAUUAUUCUGGCGUUCUAUACAAGCAACCUCGUGACUGCCCUCGCCGUGAGACCUUCACUACCGCCGUUUGAAGGGCUCGAGGACGUUCAUCAGGAUCCGACGGUGACUUUCGGCAUCCAGAGGGGGACUGCACUCGAUGAAAUCUUUAAGGUCUGUGGGUUUAAGGCCUCAUCCUCACCCUCACCCAUACCCUCAUCCUCAGCCUCACCUUCACCACCAAAAAAAGAAAAAAAAAACACCCUAUCACUCACCUCCUUUGCAUUCCAGAACUCGAAAAACCGUCUCUAUCAGUCGGUCUACCAGAAGAUCAAACCCGAAGACACUGUAUCCUCGACGAAAGACGGAAUGCGUCGUAUCUUCCGCGAGAGAUAUGCCUUCCUCGUGUGGGAACUUUACUACACUUUAAAUAACCAGGGGGGCUGUGAUAACUACCUUCUGCCGCAGAGGUACUUCACUGACCAUGCUUCUUUCAUUCUGACGAAGGGAUCUCCCCUCACGCCGAUUUUCAACAACGUUAUCCUAGACCUCGGCUCGUCCGGCCUUUUGUCGAAGUUCUGGCUGGAGCUCAAAGUGACCAACAACGACUGCGACGACCUCGAGACCGCCUCCCUGGAGUUCCUGACGCUGGUCACCUCCUUCCUGGUGCUGUGCGUGGGGGCAGUGGCGUCCCUCGGUUUCCUGGGGGUGGAGUGGAUCCUCUCGCGAAGACUGUGGGAGACGUUCUGCGGGAAGGGCGAGGGUUAG